CGGUGCGGCAGGGCAGCCUGCCGCAGGUGCCAUUCCACAUGGCUACACGGUGGCCCGUGAAGGCCGGGCCUGCACUCCUCACCUGUUGUUUUCAUUCUGUUUUAUUUCAUUUCUUUUUCCCCUGGAGUUUCAUCAUCCUUAUCUCGUAAGUGUGAUAAUGUGUGUGCAAGCCGCAGUUAGCAGUGAGCGUGCCCGAGGAGCUUCUCAACCCCUAGCCAUGGCCCCUCCCAGCGCCCACCAGGCAGAGCAUGCUGGGGAGUUCCUGUCUGAGGGUAGAGACGUAGCCCCACAUAGCGCCAUCAGAGACCCCCCAUCUGAGAGAGAAAACGGACCCGGUCCUGGGGAGCCCCUGUCUGAGGGUGGAGAGACAAGGCUCACCUACAAAGCAGGCCCUCAGUAAAUGCAGACCAAGUGAGCAAUGGAGUGGUGCCAGGUGCAGGGGAGGCCGACCCGGCCCAGCGCCCCCACAGAGCACAGCACGAUUACAUGUGUGGUGGUGGGACGGGGGGGGCUCCCAGCAGCCUCCUCCUGGAUGUCACUCCUCGUUCAAGCGCUUCCCAGUACACCAACUUCUAGAGCCACCACCUGAUUCUCCUCUCCGAGCUGCUCACACACCGGGUCGCCCUCUGACCUCGUCACAGCAGGUUCUCAAAACCCUGUGCUGGGGAAAUGGCUGCAGGAAAAAGAGAGCCCAGGGGCUGCCCCUGCCAGGUGGGAAUUAGGGGUACCAGGUCCCACGGGCCCUUCCCCUCCCCGCCUCCACCAUGCCCCACCAGGGUUCACAGCUCCUGUGGGGGAGGGAGCAACACAUUCGGCCCUGACCCCUCCCCUUAGCCCUUUCUAAACCAUUUGGGGCAGAGUGGGUCGCGUAGGGAGUGGGUGGAGAAGGAGGGAAGGAUGCAGUGGAAAUGAGCAAGCCGGCCUUGGGGGAGAGGGAGGCUGGCUUCAGUCAUGAGAGCCAAGAGGGGAGCAGCGUGUGAGGAGGGAGAGGGAGGCCGAGGUGGGCUGAUGCCUGAGACGUCACUGUCACCCAGGCUUUAUAAAAAGGACCUGGGAGGGAGCUAGCCAGAGUGAGCCCAGGAGCCCAGUGCCCCUCCUCUGGGUGUCCACCUGGCUGGGGACCCCGCCGGCCACCCACCGAGCCAGGACUGAGCCAAGGGCACCUCUAGGACCUGCCUCUUCUCACCAGGAUGAACUCACUGGUUUUGUGGCACCUACUGCUUUUAUUCUGGGCCACCUCCCUCGGGAAGUCAUCAGAAACGGAGGCACCUGUGGCAGAUCCUAGACCCACAGGCCAGCGCCUGGCACCCCUGGCUCUCCGGGCCCCCUGGGAGCAGAACCUGCGCUGCGCCGCCCCGAGAAAACACGCUCGCUCCGGCCCGCGCCCCCGAGAGGCUUCGCUGUGCCCGCUCCCCGAGAGCUCCGCGGGUCCCCAGCGGCCCGGCCUGUGCGCUGCCGGCAGCCGCCUGAUCCCGGCUCCCCGGGGCGCGAUGCUGGUGCAGCGUGAGAAGGACUUGUCGGCCUACAACUGGAACUCCUUCGGCCUGCGCUAUGGCAAGCGGCACGCGGAGCCCGGCCGCCCUGAAGGUGCAGGUGCCGGCCGCGAACUUCUCACCUAGCGGGAGAAGUCAGUGCCUGCGAGGCUCGGCUCGGGCUGGAGCUCGGAAACAGGGCGGCGGGAGGGGGGGCCAGAGCUUCUAGCCUGAGACAAUAAAGGAAAU